UGUUCCAGAAGCCACUAAUUAUUGGCAAAAUGAAGGUGUUUUCUGUGAUUGUGUUGGGCGUUUUCGCGUUAGGUGUGGUCACUUUCAAAAGUGUAGCUUCACUCCCAAAACUUAAGCCCACUGCAGCGGCUGCUUACGACUGGCAUCAAUUUCUUCCAGAAGCCCAGAAACGAGCUGCUGCCUAUCCUGCAGAUGAUCCGAGUUCGGCAGGUGACGUUAACGCCAUUUACAACGCUAUUCCCCCCAAACUUGCCACUAAUCCAAUGAGCCCAUACCUGUCAUUGAAACCAUUCCUUCCAGUAAAACCAGCGAUGGUAGCUCCAUUUGUGGAUCCAAACAUCUUCAUUGGAAAGAAAGCUGAACUUCUAAACAAUCUUUUUGGCUCUGGGGUUGCUCCUGCUCCAGCAGAUUCCAAGAGGGCCUUAUCAGAGCCUGAACCCGAACAAGAAGCAACUGUCUCGGCUCAGCCUCGUCUUGUAGUUGGACCACCCUCAAUUUGGGGACCUCCUGCUGCUGUAGUUCCUCCUGUGAAGCCAACGAUCGUGCCACCAGAAUACUGGAGCCCAUAUGCAGAUGGUUCAUCAGCAGGUGGACCAGUGGCUCCAGUUGUAGACCCAUCUCUUUUCCUGGAUAAGAAGACAAAAUUCCUCAAUGACUUGUUUAGUAGCCUUAGUAGCACAUCUGACGUGGCCACUCGAGCUGUAGCUCCUGAUGUCUCUGCAACUGAUUCCUCAACGGAUAUUCCCUCAAGUUUCUGGCUUCAGUUCAUCCCUGCUUUUGCCACUCCUCCACCAGCACCCACUGUGAAACCCACUAUUGUCCCACCCGGGUUCUGGGUACCUACAACUGUUACAAAACCAGUUGGCCUCUUUGGCCCUUCAAUUCCUGUCGUGGAUCCAGCACAAUUUGUUGAUAAGAAGACAGCCUUCCUCAACACGCUUUUCAGCACCCUCAACAUUACGGUCACUCCUGCUCCAGUAACAACUCCACAGCCAACCCUUGACCCUAUCACAGAGUAUCAACAGAAGGUAGCGGACUUCCUGGAUAAGCUCUUUACUGCUGUCAUCAACAAUACAAGUGAUGAAGCUACAGCAGCCAAGCGGACACUGGCGGUUGCUAAUAAGACAGCAACUGAAGACCUUAAAAACUUUCUUGGAGAUGUAAAUGGAGUAUAUGACAGUACUACAAACUUGGAGGAUAAAUCUGACGUGACCACUCGAGCUGUAGCUCCUGAUGACUCUGCAACUGAUUCCUCAACGGGUAUUCCCUCAAGUUUCUGGCUUCAGUUCAUCCCUGCUUUUGCCACUCCUCCACCAGCACCCACUGUGAAACCCACUAUUGUCCCACCCGGGUUCUGGGUACCUACAACUGUUACAAAACCAGUUGGCCUCUUUGGCCCUUCAAUUCCUGUCGUGGAUCCAGCACAAUUUGUUGAUAAGAAGACAGCCUUCCUCAACACGCUUUUCAGCACCCUCAACAUUACGGUCACUCCUGCUCCAGUAACAACUCCACAGCCAACCCUUGACCCUAUCACAGAGUAUCAACAGAAGGUAGCUGACUUCUUGGACAAGUUCUUUACUGCUAUCAUCAACAACACAAGUGAUGAAGCUACAGCAGCCAAGCGGACACUGGCGGUUGCUGAUAAGACAGCAACUGAAGACCUUAAAAACUUUCUUGGAGAUGUAAAUGGAGUAUACGACAGUACUACAAACUUGGAGGAUAAAACUGAUACUCGAGCAACAGAUGAAAGUGGAUCUUUUACACGAAGGAGCACUGAUGGAGAUAAUGACACUUCAUCUGGUGCUGCUCAACAGCUUCCAGUAGAUGCACUUCUCAGUGCCAAGGACAAGGUUAUAAACACCAUCAUUUCAGAGAUGGGUGGAAUAAAGAACAACAUUCUGGACACUUUGGCUGAACUCCUGGCAAAGCAGAAGGAAGCAGCUGCAACAUCUGCACCCACAAAGAAGCCUGGUCCUCCAUUCGGACCUGGUGGGCCAUUUGGUGUUGGAGGACCAUUUGCACCAUGGGCUAAAGUUGCUGCUACAACUACUACACCAAAACCAACUCCAGAUCCUGAACCAUUCCAAAAGAAAGUUGAAUUUCUAGGUCAAGUGUUUGACACACUUACACAGCUGGAGAAGGAUGUUACAGAGGCACUGAAUGAGGCCGUUAGUGAAGCGAUUGCUGCAGCUGUUGCCACGACAGCUACUAUUCCCACUACACCAGAAAUUAAAACCACGGCUGCAACGUCACAAACCAAAAAUGGAACAACCCUCAUUGACCUCAUCAGAAGUAAACUUAUUGAACUUUCUAAUUCUUCCACACCCAGUCAAACUAGUGGACAAGCCACUCUGACCCAGCAAGUUCCAAAAUAUGUUCGGGCUAUCAAACCAACGCUACCUUAUCCUGCACCUACAGUAGUUGACCCAUCCUUCUGGAUACCUGACACCGCUGCUGGAGCUCCACUUGGUCCUGAUUACUACAUAGGAAAGACACAGUCAUUCCUGAGCAAGCUGUUUGCAAGCAAGGAAGCAACAGCUGGAGAUGAUGAUGAGACAGCUACAGACAACAAGGAAAGAAGCAUCAAGAUGGCAGUACAUCAGGGGUACCAGAGCCUGCCCCCAGGCUCAGAGGAGUUCCUGCAAGCUGGAGGUGGCAGCACACCCCAGAAACAUGAAGGAGGAGGCCUCAAGCUUCAGGGAGACUCAACAAUCAGUAAACCGAAAAGUAACCCGGGGGAAUCGGAACGCCGCCACCACCACAACCACCACGACAGAAACUAGAGGAUGAAACAGAUACAUAGGACAUGAAGUAAGAGAUAGCAAUAUCAGUGUCUGUAGCAAUAAGAAAAAUUGUGCUUUAGUACGUUCGCCAUUAAGUGUUAAAAACUGAAACUUCUUACAUUUUGCAGCAGUACUUUUAAUGUUUCCAAAAACACUGUUCAAAUAAUAUUAAUACGCUGACCAGAAGAAAUUCCUUGCUGAAAUUAUGGUGAAGAGGCAAAAAUGAGCUAUUAGAAAUAUUUAGAAUUUUUGUGCUUACCUAAAACUAUAGAGUAAUUUAACCCCAUCACUGCCGGCCUACGCUGACAAAAGUAACAAAAGCACUGAUUCAUUUACUUUUAAUAUCAAUCACAAAAAAUAUUAUAAUGGAAUAAUUAAAAUAUUAUGAACAACCCACAAAAGCAGAGCUUCUUAUAGCACGUCCAGUGAAUCCUACUGUCACCUAUAAAGAAAUUCUUAAAUAGCCUGAGGAGUUCAGCCAUGUUUCAAUGAAAGAUCAAAGUCUCAUUAAUGUCAGGAACUUCUCACAGUUUACAGUGUUUUUGAUGUAUUAUUUUCGUGUUUUUUUUUAUAAUUUCUAGUCUGACAAGUUUUAUCUCUGUAUUUUUUGCUGAAGUGGUAUAGUUAUUAGGAAGGGGAAAAAGAACAUAAUAUUUACCGGUUAUUUUGUUGUAUCUUCCCUUUUAGUCAGGGGCCUGUCACCAUGAGAUGUAGGAGUAUUAUAAUUAAAAUUAUGCAGCAUAUCAGUUUGUAGAAAUAGCUUCCAACUCUAUAUGUUCGCAGUACUGCAGAAACAAACUGUGGCAUCUGCUAAUGAUGAUAACGAAAGCAGGUUCUAAUGAUAUCCACAGCAAAUUAGGUAUUAGUAUUUAAAUUCAUGGUAACUUAAUUCAUAUCUGAUGUAACAAUGUGUAAUUUUAGAUCAGUAAUGAUCCUUCCUGCAGAAAUACUAAAGGAAAUAUAUGAUUUAGAAUUAGAUAAGUGUUCGUUAAUAAACUGAAAUAAGAGAGCAUUAA